ACACACACACACACACACACACAUACACCAGACACUGUCUGUAGACAGUGUCAGAGAGCAGAAAGGAGGCAGGCAAAGGUUUUUAUGACAUGCUGUUUGAAAAGGUGAACGUGAGAGAUGUUGUUUUGAUAGAGUUCAGAGUUCUUGACCCACUUGCAGUUGGAGCAUGUAGGUCAGUGUUGAAAAUCAGGUGCUGCUAAAACUGCUCCAAAUAAUUGUUUUCUGAAACUUUUCAUUUCCCAGCAAACUUGUUAUUGUUAUAGGCAUUAACACAUGGUGCUUGAGAAUUAUAUUCAGGCAACUAAUGUUUUAUUUAAUGCAUCUAAUAUUGCGAUUAAAGGAUGCUGCUUUAAAAAUAAUAAAAGGGAAGAAGAAUUUUUCUUAUUGGACAUUGUAUAUAAACAGACAUAUAUACACACAACGAAAUGUGUUUACUUCUUAGAAAUUGCAGAUGGACACUGUACUGUGGAUUAACUGUUUUAGAAACUUUUGUAGUGCUAAGGAGUAGAACAUAUUUCAUUGGUCAGCUUGUGCACAGUGCAGAAAAACACUUGUUUUUUGUGACUAAUAUUAGUUGUUCUCAGCCUAUGGUCAAUCUCAUGACAUCAUUUUCUGUCAGCCCACCUUCCUCCCUCACUUUCCCACCCACUCCCCCUUCUCUAGCACCACCACCACCAGCAUCUUGUUAGCAGAUUUUAAUCUUGUCUGUCAUGUACUGCUUGCUUGUGGCUGGUGGUUUAAAAGACUUCACAGAAACCCUGGCGGCCUUGCCCAAUAAGUAGAUGCAUAAUUUCGGGCUUUGCAUACUUGUUCAACUCGUUUUUAAACGUGUGGGCAUGGAGAGGGUAUAAGAGGAACGCAGCACAUGAAGACGCCCAUGUGCUGGGAAAGUGUUUUGCUUCUCCAAUGCCAGCAGUAGAAAACAUUAAUGACAUUACUGUAGUGGGUUUACUGUUGGGUUUACUGUAGAUAUCAUACAUGUUAAACACUUCACUGAUGCAGCCCUCUGUACCUUUCCAUGUAGACAUUGUGUUUAAAGUAUGGUUCAUUUAGGUUAAUUGCAACAAGAGGUUAAACUAGGACGGCAUAUGUGUUUUUGUAUAUAAGUGUGCACUUGUGUGUGCAUCUGUGUUACCAACAAUAGACUCCAGGGCAAUUGCAGGGGACUUCAGUGGCUGUGGGCAGGUCCAAGACACCACCCAUCAAUUUGGCGGUGAGGCUGAAUACAGUUUGAUAUUCCUGUAUGUUUGUGCCUGCACCACUAUGGCCUGAAACUAGCAGGUUCAGACAGACUAAGACGACAGGUUGCGUGAUGUCGCCGUGGCAGUUUGAGGUUUUAUUUUAGCUGCCUACAGUAUAUUACAUGUAAUAGUCAACAUGUUUGCUUAGAGUUGUUUUGAUGUGGUAAAAUAUUGUAUUCCUAUUCAUGUGAUAGUCAAGACCAUCACACCAACAUGUUUGCGCUGCAUAUUUAAAAUGUACGACUUUUAGCAACAAUGUAGCCUCUUCCCUGGUAAAUGCAACUACACUUCCCCCCUGAUAUUUUGUUCCCCUAGUCAGUGAUCAGUGUUCUGAAACCUUGAGCUUGACUAUAUGAACAGACAGAUGCUUCUCUGUUGCUUUUCUGUUGGUGUGCUGAACUCCAGGAGGAGUUGAGGGUCUUCGUCUGUUGUCUUCGGAGACAUUAUUCAUGGAAAGGCCAACAAAACCUGAUCAAAUUAGAGUAGGAGAGAAACUGACUUGGUGUAUGUAAAGGAACGUUUAGAUGGGAUUUUUCACAUUUUUAUUAUUAGUCAACACUGUUUGGACAACUCAUAAAUAGUGCUUAACUUCUUUAAUGUAUUAUCAGAAACUUUUUUUUCUUUCUACUUCAUAAACCAUGAGUUUCCUCAAAUGAAAAGAAAAUGCUAACUAACAUGUAUGCCUGGAGCCAUAUAUGUGAGCAUUAUGACACUGUUUGCCACUUGAUGUAGCUAAUCAGUUUGCGAAAUGAAACAGUUGCAUUAAAGGCUGGCAGGUCUGUGCUUCUUUGCCUCCCCAGUAACGCAAUGGGGAAGUGGGUGGUGUGAUGGUGGGUACUGAGGACUUUAAGACAGUAAUGGAGCAAUAAAGACAAAGAGAAAAAGAGGAUCACAUAGUAAGGACAGAGCAAGCAAGCAGACUGAGAGCUGGUCAUCUGAUAACAGAGCAGGUUCUGUUACACACUUGCCACAGACUUACAGGAAGUUGUCUUUCCCAGCAGGGUUGCGCAUGCACAGAAUGAUGAAGCUAGGACAUGUUUUGGCCUGCGGACUGACCGACUGGUCAGCCACGGUUCUGCUGAAUGCUGGGUUGUAUAUGUUUUAAUGCCAUGUGAUAGGGUUUAGUUUACUUCCUCUUUUUCAGCAUGGAAAUGUCAGAGCCUUUUUGGAAAGCAGAAUUUCAGCUAGUGUAUCUAGUUUAUUGCAUGGCAAUUUGAGGAAGGCUGCGGUCAGAAAUCUCAUGUCUUCACAAUGAAACUUUAAUCAAUAGGAGAAAGCUAAACUGUACUUUAGUUUAUAAUGUAAUUAGUAGAUUAUUUUGAAUUAAACAAAUGACAGCACACAUUUUGUCAACUUAUUUGAUAAACUGCUUUAUAUUGUGCUUUUCAGUAUAACAAAUAGGAGAGUGACCAAAUGAGUUCCUCUCAGAGGACCAAAGUUGAAAAUGAGCUUGAACUCUAGAGUAUACUAUGGAGUUGUAAACCCCACUUUUGUUGUGCAUCUUUAGUUCCAUUUGUCUCUGCUGGUCCGCUGUCUACUCACCUUACUGGCACCAAUGUGACUUUUGAAAUGGCUCUAAUAAGUAUGAAGUAUUUUUAAUGCAGGGUUGUUUUUCAUUUAAAUCUGGCCUUAGAUGCUCUGUUUAGGGCAGCUCCUAUAAAGCGUUACUUUGUAACAUUGUGCAUUUAACACAGCAUUACUAUCCACAGAUCUACAAGGACAGUUCAUUUGAAUGUCUUUUCUUAUUUUAUAGCAAAAUAAUUAAACAGCUCUUGAAGAAUUAAAAUUGUUAUUUCACACUGUUGUGCCAUAUUGACAACAUCUUAGCUUUUUUUUGCAACCCAUUUACUGUUACCCUGUAGCUACGCAGAAGCUCUGACAUGAAAAAGACAAGGAACAAACAUAAGUCUAAUUUCCAAGUUAUGUUUAGCAGUGGGUACUCUUGUCACUUUUUCAUAAUUUCAGUGUUGGAUCUAAAAGUGUAUCAUUAUAUAAUAAGCCCCCCUGCUACUGUCCUCACAAUAAACUUUGCCCAACCCAUGGGCGGUAACCCUUAGUGAAGCAGGUUACACCAGGUAACUGAAUGAGAUCGCUUGAGUUUAUCAUUGACAUCUGAGCUGGAUUCCUAGGCCACCAUGCACUCAGGAGUUAUGAGCGAGCUUGUGGGUUGAACGCCCUGCCUCGCCCACUACCUUUUCAAUGUCUUUGUGUCUGCGCUUCAGAACCACUUCCUGGUUAACUUCAAGUGCGAGCUGUCAGGCCAAGACCCGUGUUAACAACUUCAGUUUUAUCAAAAACUUGCCCUCUUCCUGCUUUACUCCAAUCAGGUUUCCUCUCACUGUUAGCAGCAGUGAGUCAUGGUUCUAUGGGCAUUGCUCAAAAGCUACUUUUCCAAGGAACUGCAGCUCCUCCCAUUCUCAUUAUAUUUUAAUAUCAUCUACUCUAGUUCUAACUAGAAUAAAAUCCCCUGUUGCCUGGUUAGGUUGGCUUGUCUGAUUAAGGAGAAAAGAUGCGUAUAUGUCAAACAAAACAAGCCAAAAUUUGAAUCUGUUACCCAGAAUCCAGAACUGAUAAUCUGUUAUUGGUAUUACAGUUAUAAUAUAAACAGCUGUGGUGGUUGUAACAUAAGAAUUAUUUUCACAGCAAGCGAGCUACUGAAUACAUAAAGGUUGUACUUGAAUAAGGCUUGUAGUAAUGUGAUAGAUUGAUUAUGUGUGAUAAAAUUAACUUCUCUCUACAUCAGUGCUAAAAAGUGUCCCCAUCUGUGGUACAUUAACAUUUAUGGUUUACAGGGAUCAAUGAUUCAGUAGGGUUUUUUUAUUGCCCCUUUUGAAAGUUGUGAUUUUGAAUUGUACUUUACUUUUAGGACCCAAUUAAUCUUUGCCUGUCAAAGUGUUAAGAAACAACUGAAAUGGGGUUUUUAGAAGGGUCAAACCAAAAGACUCCUCGUCUUGGGGAUACAGUCCAGGACAUACCAGAGCAGCUGGGUUUUUUUAAAUUAUCUUAUAUUUCUCUCAAAGUUGUGUUUUAAACUCAGGUUUGGUGAAGCCUUUUGAAAGUGACAGCAUUGCUCUUGCAACUGCUCUCUUGUCAGGAUAAGAAGCCUAGGUUUCACAGGGUUAACGUUUUGUUCCCUCAGAUUUAUGGAAUGGCUGGUAUGUGUCAAAGACAGAUAGUUGGAAAGUGAAAAUUCAGCAGCCUCUUUAUAGUUGAUAUGUGUCAGUUAAAAUAAAGUUGCUUUUACUAACUGCAACAACUGCCUGAUGGGUUUGUCUGUGAAUGACAAACAAAAGGGUGUGACUAACUUGGCACGGACACAAAGAACACACACACAGAGUAAUCUUAACUGAAAAAAACAGAAAGAAAAAUCGUUGCGGGUUGUUUCACCCCCAGAGCAUGAUUUCAAUAUCUGCUCUUGUUGUGUGUACAUUCAAUGGACAGAGUAAGAGAACGCUAGGGAUGAAGCGGAGGUGAUGAGGGUAGUGGGGGUAUCCGAGGAUCCUGGGCUAACACAGCAGUUUGACUUGCAAAGCAGCGGUCGGUGCUCACGGUCUGGACACAGCGAAGGCACUUCCUUGGAAGUGGAACGUCAGUGACACGGACUGUGCCGCUUUGUGCUGGGCUGUGGGCCUCAUCACCCACAGACAUGAAUUAGUGAUAAGGAAUGUUUGAAGCCACGAGGAGGUGUCAGGAUCAGACAGGUAGACGGACAGACGGCAGGACGGAUACACGGGUGGGGGCUGUGCUAGGCGGCUCGGCGGCAGGCUGGUGGAAGAUGUCGUCAGGAGCCGGUGGGAGGGGCGGAAGGCAGCUCCGUGGGACAGUAAGCAGUAGAGGUGGAGGAGGGAGAGGAGGAGCAGGGGAAGCAGAGGAAGGCCCUGUGGGGAUCCCUUUCCCUGAGCACAGCGCUGACAUCCUGGGCAACCUGAACAAGCAGCGGCUCAGUGGCCUGCUGUGUGACGUGCUCUUGGUUACUCAGGACCGUGAGUUUCCGGCACAUCGCUCUGUCCUUGCUUCGUGCAGCUCGUACUUCCACAAGCUCUUCACUUCCGGAGCCGCUGCUGACCAACAAAACAUCUAUAACAUCGACUUUGUGGCGGCAGAGGCUCUGGGAUCGUUGCUGGACUUUGCCUAUACAGCCACGCUGACAGUCAGUCACAGCAGCGUGGCUGACAUCCUCGCAGCUGCACGUCUCCUGGAAAUCUCACCGGUCCAAGAUGUCUGUACACACCUGCUGGACACCAAAGUGCUCUCCCCGCCGGCGGGCAAUGAGCAAAGAGAUGAAGAUGAAGAAAAGGAUGGAAAGGGCAGCGGCAAGGAGCGGGGGAAUCGGAUGCGAGCGCGAGAAUACCUGGAGUACUUUCAGAGAGGGGCACAUUGGAGCAGCAGCUGCAGCACGCCAGAGCUCAGGGACCUGCCAACACACCUGCACUUUAACCAUGGCAAUGGCGCCAGCAAUGGGGCUCCUGGUGGCCCUGGUGAGUACUACUCUCCGCUGGCGCUCGCCUUGGCCCAGGUACCAAUGCAGGAGCCUGAAGAAGAAGAUGAGGAUGAUGAGGAAGAGGAGGAAGGAGAGGGAGCACAGAGAAAUGGAGCCAGUCAGGGGUUACCUUUCUAUCCCCCAUCCCAAAAUGGGCACUUCUACCUCCCCCCUGACUCUAGGUUAGGGCCGGAGACAGAAGUAGGGAACGGGGUUAGAGAAGUGAUGACGAGGGAGAGAGGCUCAGCUAGUGCUCUCCUCCAGCAGAUGAUGGACUCCAUUGAGAGGCAAAAGGAGCGUUCAACAACAGAGGAACCAGGAGAAGGGGAGGACCCAGACAUGGAAUUUUACUUGAAUUAUUUUAACAGCACGCAGCAUGAGGAUUCAGCUUCUGCUGCUGUGACACAGGGUGUGCCGCCAAUCUGGUUAUCAAGAGGCAGUACAGGCCAAGACAAAGUUGGAGCAGAGAGAGGCAGCAGUGGAGGUGGAGGAGAGAGAAAGAUGCGCUCAAAGGCCUUCCAGAAGUGCCCGAUAUGCUCCAAGGUUAUUCAGGGAGCAGGCAAGCUGCCCCGCCACAUUCGAACGCACACAGGAGAGAAACCCUAUGAAUGCGCAAUCUGCAAAGUGCGCUUUACCAGGCAGGACAAGCUGAAGGUUCACAUGCGGAAGCAUACAGGGGAGAAGCCUUACCUGUGUACGCAGUGUGGAGCUGCCUUUGCGCACAACUAUGACCUGAAGAACCACAUGCGCGUACACACAGGCCUGCGCCCCUAUCAGUGCUCAAGCUGCUUUAAGACUUUUGUGCGCUCUGAUCACCUGCAUCGCCACCUCAAAAAGGACGGUUGCAACGGCAUCCCAUCCCGCCGUGGUCGGAAGCCUCGGGUGAGGGAGCCUGGUCUCCUGGAGGCCCCUCUGGGCCUGUUGAGUCCUGGCUCUGACACGGGCCUUAUGCCUCGAAGCAUCAGGGGACAGCGGCGUUCUGAGUCAACCUCAGCAGGGGAGGUGGAGGAGCAUGCUGGAGCUCAUGCACUUAGUCCUCAGAUGCAGGAGUUGGCAGAGGAGGCAGGGCCCUGAGACUGCAGGGGCUACAAAGACACUGCUGGAUACCACAGUCACUCUGCACUGCCUGUGAGACAGGCCAGUCAACAGGGGGAAAAGAAAACAUGCAAAGGCAAACUUAAGAAAAAGAAACGAAAAAACAACUAACUAUUCCUCUAUAAACCAAAUCAGGGUGUCACAAAAAUCUAAUCUUUUAUUACCUUUUCUUUUACUUAAGAAAACAGUAGACUUACAUACAGUUGAGUAGGUUUAUCUGUUAAAGAGCAAAGGACGCUUCAAAUCAUGCACCUGUGAUGUCCACUUUCUGGGCCAUUUCUUUCUUUAUAUUUGGGGUUUUAUACAUUGGCAGAUGUGCUUUAGCAAAUGUAUAAUAGAUAGAAACAAACUCUGAGCAACUAUGCAGUUGAUUUAGAUUUUUAUCGGUUUGUCCUCACAGCCUUCAAGCUCUGAGCAAGGUGUUUGUCAAGUACCUGCUGGCUGCUGUACGGGUGAAGCGAGGACAAAUCCUCACAGUAAAAACAAGUCUUUCUAUUCUUUUACAGCUCUGAAAUGUACAGUUACCAUAGAAACAACAUUGCCACACUGUGGCAUAUGCAAGGAAACUAACCACAGAUUUGAUGCAACAGUUCUCUUUUACUUUAAAUGUUCCAGAAAGAAUCAGACAAGGGUUUGAUUGAAGUGUUACUUACUCUGUAAAAUGAAUAAGAAUUUAUGCUUUGUCUUAUUGUAAAACAAAGUCUUGUUGAGUCGAAUCCACUUUAAUGGGGGCUCGUCAACUGCAGAAGGGGAGAAAAGGAGAGGUGGGGUUUUUUAAAGCACUACCUUGGUCAAUGUGUGUUCUGGCCUGAGUACAGAGCCUCUUAUUCCUCACAGUUCUGCAAUUUCAGCAUUUCUGUUUUCCAUUUGAUUUUUGUCUUAUGUAUUUGUUGUUGUCAUUUUUUGUUUUUGUUUUUUUGUUGUUUUUGUUGACUGCUUCAGGUACUUGACACUUUAUAAUUGUAUACUUGUACAUACAGCAGGUGAUUAUAUGACGAUGAUUCCCUCCUAAUGCUGAGGUGUGCUUACCAAUCGGGUUUUUCCUGUUCAGCUUGAUGUCAUAUUUCUCACAGAGUGAAGCUUGUGGGUGAAUGAGAAAAAUCUUAAUUGUAUGAAAGUUUGAUAAAACAAAAAAAACACUUAGAGACCCAUUUGUCCUAAACUUAACACUUGAUAUGUACAGCUCCUGCCCAAAGGUUGUUGAGGUGAAUUUAAUGAAUGUGCUUAACUUUGUGCAGUUUUUGGGAUUCUGUCUUUGUGUGACAAGGCAUGGGUAGCAUUUAACUAACGGCAGAUCUAAAGAAUGGCAGGUAGCCUUGGGAGAGAGAGUGACGAGAGAAUAACAGAUAGAGAUAGUUGAGCACCUUUUUUUCUGUUUGCACAGCUUUACUAAAGACAUCCGACACAGCCAGAACCAGGUUUAUGUAAAGGACAUGGGCUGAUGUUGGUGAGGGAGAAAGAGAGAGAGAGUGUGUGUGUGUGAGAGAGAGAGAGCAGGUUUAUGUGUCGUGCUUAUUCCAAUCUUUUUGCCCCAGGGACCACACAACCGUGAGGUAACCUGUAUGAUGAAGAGAGCAAUAAAUACCUGUCCAAGUUGGGAGGCCAAAUAGAAGCACAGCUGCAGCUGGUUGAUGGGGGAAGGGGAGGAGGAUCUCACAAUGUCUGUUGCAUU